CAAUCGCGCAGUGGCGGGGGAGGAGCCCCGGAGGGGGAAAAAGAAAGUGCGGUGGAAAGUAAGAGGCUAGUCGGAGGAGGUUGGCAGGAUCUGGAUCUCCUGGGAUAGGCUCUGAUCAGGGUCUGGAAAGAGGCAGUGGCCGGCCACCCUGCACCCAUCCUGUCGCUGUCGCGGAGCCCGCUCGGCUGGCCCAGAAAGAAACACCGAAGAGGAGAGAAAUAAUAAGACAUUAAUUUUGACUGUGGAAUGCCAAUGCUGCUGAACCUGUGGGGUUAUUGCAGAGAGAGAUUAAUUAUGCAGAUCUGCCACCCUAGGCUUUGGAGUGAUGGGACUACUGUGGUGGUUGAUGAGUCUGUAUUUCUAUGGGAUCCUGCAGAGUCAUGCCUCAGAACGCUGUGAUGACUGGGGUCUGGAUACCAUGCGACAAAUCCAAGUGUUUGAAGAUGAGCCAGCUCGCAUCAAGUGUCCCCUCUUUGAACACUUCUUGAAGUACAACUACAGCACUGCUCAUUCCUCUGGCCUUACCCUGAUCUGGUACUGGACCAGGCAGGAUCGGGACCUGGAGGAACCCAUUAACUUCCGCCUCCCAGAGAAUCGCAUCAGUAAGGAGAAAGAUGUGCUCUGGUUCCGGCCCACCCUCCUCAAUGACACGGGCAAUUACACCUGUAUGUUGAGGAACACCACAUAUUGCAGCAAAGUUGCUUUUCCCCUGGAAGUCGUUCAGAAGGACAGCUGCUUCAAAUCCUCCAUGAGACUGCCAGUGCAGAAAAUGUAUAUCGAAUACAGUAUUCAUAACAUCACGUGUCCAAAUGUGGAUGGAUAUUUUCCUCCCGGUGUCAAACCAACCGUCACUUGGUAUAAGGGUUGUACUGAAAUAGUGGAUUUUCAUAAUGUACUGCCUGAUGGUAUGAACUUGACCUUUUUCAUCCCCUUGGUUUCAAAUAAUGGAAAUUAUACAUGUGUUGUUACAUAUCCUGAAAAUGGACGACUAUUUCGCCUCACCAGGACUGUGAGUGUAAAGGUGGUAGGCUCGCCAAGAGAUGCAUUACCACCCCAGAUCUAUUCUCCAAACGACCGUGUGGUCUAUGAGAAAGAACCAGGAGAGGAGCUUCUCAUCCCAUGUAAAGUCUAUUUCAGUUUCAUCAUGGACUCCCACAAUGAGAUCUGGUGGACCAUUGAUGGAAAGAAGCCUGAGGACAUCAUUGCUGACAUAACUACUAAUGAAAGCGUAACUUAUUCUACAACAGAAGAUGAAACAAGGACUCAGAUUUUGAGCAUCAAGAAAGUCACCCCUGAGGAUCUCAGGCGCAACUAUGUCUGUCAUGCUCGAAAUACCAAAGGGGAAGCCGAGCAAGCCGCCAAGGUGAAACAGAAAGUAAUACCGCCAAGGUACACAGUGGAACUCGCCUGCGGUUUUGGAGCCACAGUCUUUCUGGUGGUGGUUCUGAUUGUGGUCUACCACGUUUACUGGCUGGAGAUGGUCCUCUUUUACCGGGCUCAUUUUGGAACAGAUGAAACAAUCCUUGAUGGAAAGGAAUAUGAUAUUUAUGUGUCCUACGCAAGAAAUGCUGAAGAAGAGGAGUUUGUGUUGCUGACGCUCCGAGGUGUUUUGGAGAAUGAAUUUGGAUACAAGCUGUGCAUCUUUGACAGAGAUAGCCUGCCUGGGGGAAAUACAGUGGAAGCAGUGUUUGAUUUCAUUCAGCGGAGCCGAAGAAUGAUCGUUGUCCUGAGCCCUGACUAUGUGACAGAAAAGAGCAUCAGCAUGCUGGAGUUUAAGCUGGGCGUCAUGUGCCAGAACUCCAUUGCCACCAAGCUCAUUGUGGUGGAGUACCGUCCCCUGGAGCAUCCCCACCCAGGCAUCCUGCAGCUGAAGGAGUCUGUGUCUUUUGUGAGCUGGAAGGGAGAGAAGUCCAAACAUUCUGGCUCCAAGUUCUGGAAGGCCUUGCGCUUGGCUCUGCCCCUGAGAAGUCUGAGCGCCAGCUCGGGCUGGAAUGAGAGCUGCUCUUCUCAGUCUGACACCAGUCUGGAUCAUGUUCAGAGGAGAAGUCGUUUGAAAGAGCCCCCAGAACUCCGGAGCUUAGAGCGGGUGUCUGGAGCACCGCCAGCCCCUGGCAUCAUGUCCAAGCACAGAGGGAAGCCCUCAGCCGCCUGUCGCUGCUGUGUCACCUACUGUGAAGGAGAAAGUCACCUCAGGAGCAAGAGCCGGGCAGAGAUGCAUACCCAACCCCAGUGGGAAACACACCUCUGUAAGCCUGCUUUCCAAGAGUCCGAAAGUCAGUGGCUACAAAACAGCACCAGACCCGAGCCCUCUCCCCAGAUCUCAACUCUUGCACUGCACCAUUUUACAGAUUUAUCCAAUAACAAUGACUUUUAUAUCCUAUAAUCACUUUAUGUGGAGGGUGGAGGCUGUUAUUUCUACUAACUCUCUGGGUCACAAACCUUGGGGAAUAAUUGACAUUUAUCAUCUAAUAGACUAUCAGAUUUAUAUCCCUUUUAUUGAUUUCUAAAAACUAUUUAUUUUUAGGAGACAAAAGACCGGAAGCACCUGAAUGCAGUUAUUGCCUCUAACGGCCUCGGAAGAGCACACUCUUCUCGGGCCCUAGAAGGUCAGUAUGGAAAAGUUGCCUAGCGUCUGAUCUUGCCCCAUGGUUCAAAAGCAGCUGAGAUCUGGUGUUUCCUUACGCUAUGGGUCAUCUAAGUGUGCUUGGGCUUUGAUACUGGGUACCCCAGGGAACAGGGCUUUGACAUUCACAUGGUGUGUCUACCCAAGGGAACAGGGCUUUGACACUCACAAUGAGUGUGUACCCAAGGGAGCAGGGCUUUGACACUCAAAAUGAAUGUGUGUACCCAAGGCAGUGACUUGAAAAAGAGCAGGUUUUUGUGGACACUGUAGGAGAACAUUCAGUAGCAAACAUACAGCACAUUUUGCUCCCCUCCCCGAUCAAACCUUCUGAGAGGAAUCCAAGCUUCCUAUUGCCUCCCUGUAAAUAGUGUACUCUCAACUUCCUAAUGCUGUCACUAUCAAUAAAGGUAUAUUUUUAUGUCAUGUCUUUUGUGCUAGCAGAUUUUUAAUGCCCUCUCCUUAUUUUGACUUUUCUGGCUUUUAUAUUCAAAUCUAAAGAAUAUUCUGAUUCAGUAAAUUGAGAUUUAGAUUAGGUAGGAAAGCUAAGGGGGUCAUUUUGCUUUGUUUUGUUUAUUUUCCUGAUGUGUAUCGGAAGUUUAUGAAAGUACCAGAGACACCAAGUGGGGCUUAUGUGAGGAUCUUGCUUUGUUCAAAUCACAGCAGAAAUAUUUAGUAUCAGAAUGGAACUGUAGGUAGAGUUUGCUGCCUCCAUCCUUUAUUCAUGAUUCUGAAAGGGGUUUCUAAGUUCACAUUCCUCCGAGGGUCAAAGGUAGCAGAAGUGGAAGGAAGGGGAUAGAUGUAAGUUUAACUUCCAGGCACUUCAUCAGAGGAUAGAGUGCAGGUUCACAAUGUGUCUUUCUGCACACAUUUACAUGACAGCAAAAGGUACAUGGCACAUUACUAUAAAGUUGGGGUCCUAUCAAGAUCCCUUGAAGUUACGGUGUUCACUCAGCUCUGUUUAGUUGUUGCUACUGAAUUAGACUCUGCUUGACAAAUUGUUCAGUUUCUUGUAUGAGGUAUAAAACAUUAAUAUUUGAAUGUGUACUUUCAAUUAUGUCCUGAUUUAAAUGUGUAAAAAAUAAAGUCACAGAGUAAAACAAGACAAAAUAAAAACCAACCAAACAAUUAAAGAACAACAAAAAACCCUUCAUUUGUGAGAUAUAUUCAUACAAAUGUAUGUAAUUUCAGAGCAAAAGUCUUCAGUCAAAGAAUGUAUGCUGAAACAGGGACACAAGUGCCAUGGGCAACACUAACCUUGAAUAAAGUAGGUUGGCUAUGAGAACAUAUGGGAAAUGUGUACUCCCUCUCCAUGCUGAAAACAUCUGGCCUUUAUAAUAGGGUUUAUCUGAUGAAUCCUCCAGCUCAGGACACAGCUGAGAAUCAGUGUAUGUUCUUGCAGCUUAAACAGAAGUAAAUAAAAAACACUAGCAGACAACAUUCAAUGUCAACAGUCACCUUCAGUAUAGCAGCCCCUUGCUGCUAGUGAGCUUGGUCCAGAAGUAGCCUCUCAGUCAAAUGCAAAGGGGGUGGCAGAGAGAUAAAACACAAAGAACACGCCCUGUCUAAUACACUACUCACUAUGGAAUGUCUUCCUAGAUGUGCAACUCAACAGAAAUGACUCAGCACAACCAAAGAUCUCAUUUCAUGUUACAUCAUUUCCUGCAGAGAUGUUCAAAGGCCUCAGCUUAGGGGCCAGAAAAUGGGUAAUACACAUGACUUCAAAUUCUAUGAGGAGAGAAAAGGCUGUUAUCCAAAUUAGUCUUGUUUCUUAUUAACAUACAAACUUUAAAAUAUCUUUGGAAAUUUUUAUAAAUUACUUUUGUCACCUAUGCACAAUAACUUAAAUCCUUUUAAAUGUACCCUUUGAGAAUUUUACACAUGAAGCUAGAGAUGUAUCAGUGAUUGAGAGCUCUUACAGAGGAACCCAGGCUUGGUUCGCAGCACCUAAAUGGUGACUCAUAACUGUCUGUAGCCCAAAUUCUAGAGAAUCCAAUGACUCUUGACUUCUGAGGACAACUAUACACAUGUGGUGCACAUACAUUGAGUUAGUACACAAAAUCAAAGUAAAUAAGUAUUAAAGAUACAAAGAAAAGUGCAUGCAUGUAUACAAGGAAAGUUGAUAUAUCCACCUCUAACCUCCAUUUCCCUUUAGGAAUUCUCUCUUGAUCCUGACAGCAAGUCCCCCUACCAAAUUUAAGCCUUAAAAAUAAUUGCACACCAAUCCCAGCUACCAGUGUGUAUAUGGAUAUAGGACCACCAACUGAAACACAGGCUAUUACCAGUGCUACUGCUCCAGAGAAGGAUGACUCUUCCUAAACCCUGGUUGCUCAACAGCUCCUCUGCCAUUCAUGGUAGAAUGUGGUUGGCUUCUGCAGGUAACCACAGCUGCUCUGAGUUUGUGAGUGCAAAACAUGUCACAUCUAGAAGAAAGUACUUCACCCAAUCCUUCCUAUUCUACAGCUCUUAGAAUUUUUUUCUGCCUCCUCGUUAACAGUAUUCCUUAAGCCUUGACAAGGUGACUAAUAAAGUAACCCUAUUUAAGAUUGAUUACUCACAAUUGUUUGUUAUUAUGUUGACUAGUUAUGAGUAUCUGCAUUUACUCCAUCCUACUGCAAAAAGUUUUUCUGACUAGCAGAGGUAUGUGGUUAUAAAUAUAAAUAUUUUGAAGGCAAUUUGUUUGACAAUGUGACCAUUUAACAACAUAACAUAUCUAAGACCUAUGUAUCUCCCCAACCAUGGAAUUUGACCAGAUUUUAAUACCAGAAAUGUAUUCAAUACCAGACAUGUAGCAGUCGUCAAAUCCAAUCAGAAAGUAGUUGGUUACCCCAUAAAUAUCAUGUCAUUAUUACACUAGUGGUUAUAUCUUGCCUGGGAGGUUGGUAUUGUAUCAUGUAUGGAUUAGUGCUGAGUAAAACAAUUAAUAUCUUUUAUCUCCAGUAGCCUGCAAUAGCACCUUCUGACCCUAUGAGAUCUAGUCUGUAGAGAGAAAGUUUCCUGGCGUAAGACUGAUUUCUCUAAAUCCUGCAGGCAAAGUCCUUAGAAUCAUCUUCUUAAGAGGAAAAUUAAAAUAAAGAACUAAAGGCACAGUGGUAUGGAUAUGAAAAUACUAGUUCUUUUAAACAACAGAGUAAUUUGAGUAUUCUCAAAGCUAAUUUUUGAUAGUGAUUUUCUUUGAAGAUGUAAGUACAGGGGGUUAGCAACAUAAAGUCAUAUUUUGGGGCAUUUGGCUAUCUAAGAAUCUGAAAGAUAAUGACCUAGAGUUUCAACAUAUGAAGAAAGACUCAAAUAUUAACAUUAUUCUUUGCCCUCUCAUGCUACAAUAAAGUGAUAGUCAGUGUCAUGUAUUUCAAUGAUGCAAAUAACGAGUAAUCUUACUUAUGGGUCAUUAAUUUCUAUCAUUGAAAUGGCAUAAUUGUUGGUUAAGUAGAAAUGCCAUUAUGUAAGAAAUAUUUUUCUAGUUAGGAUCAUGAAUUUAAACUCAAGCCCAGUCUUACUUCUCUGUUUCCUCAUGGACUAUGAUCUCUCUGAGCCUUGGUGUCCUGCUAGCCAAAAUGGAAGUAAUAAUUUUGAUCUCCCUGGUUGUUCUGAGCAUUAAGUGGCAUGCUACAAGCUUCAUGCAUAUGAAACACUUAUUUUUUAAAAUGUCCUAAUUCACCACAGAACAAGAAACUAUAUCCUUAAUGAGUUGCUGUCCCAAUGGGACAGAUAGUGAUAGACUUUGGCCUCUAACCUGGACUUCUAACACAAUUUUCAGUGUCAGCUCUCAAAUCAACCCUGGUACAUGCAUGUGAAAGAAUUUGUAUUCCAAGAAUUCUAAGGGGAACUAAUUUAUCUCAACCAUGUAUAGCAAAAUAUAUAAAGCAGGUACAUUAGCGUUCUCUAUAGGAACAAAAAAAAAAACAGAAUGGAGUGUGUUUGUACGAGGGAGAGUUCUAUUAGAGUGAAUUAUAGGCCAUGGUCCAGGUAGUUCAGUAAUGGCUGUCUCCCAGUGGAAAGGCCAAUAAUUUGGUAAUUACUCAGUCCACAAGACUGGAUAUCUCAGCAAUCCCAAUCUGGUGCUAGAGUCAUACAUUUUUAAAGAGCUGCUGGUCUUUAGACUACAUUGGAAUUUUGUAGAAAUGGGUUCUACUACCAAUGUAAUGGGGUGGGAAAAUUGUCAGCAACAGUAUAGAUGGGCUUGCCAGUGAGAGUGAAGGCAAACAGGCAAAAAGCAAAUGCUUCCUUCUUUAAUGUACUUUUAUGUUGACUUCCACCAGAAAGUGUGGCCCAGAUUUAGUAUGAGUCUUUGCACAUCACACAUGAUCUAACCAAGACAAUCCCUCACUGGUGUGACCAGCUGCUUGGGUUUUAGUUGAUGCUGGAUGUAUUCAAGUCAACAACCAAGAUUGGUUGUUACAAGAAAGCUCUACACAGGGGUGUAUUAUAUCAAGUAUCUAAUGGAUCAUCUAAACUUGCUGUAUUAUGAUUUUAUGUAACUUUAUUUUUGUAUAUAUUAACUUUAAAAAACUAGAAUUGUGUCCUCUGGACUUUAAAAUCAUAUUUUAAAUUUCCCCAAGGCAAAUAUAGAAGUGUAUUCCCUGUGUACAUUAAAAAGAGAAUUUAAGUUUUUGAAACUGUGAUACACAUGUUAUGAGUUCCAGAGUGACCUCUUCUUACAACUACUAAUACCUCCAGUGAUUGUAUAUUUGCUUCCAGAUAGGUGAUUUUGAAGUGGUUGGUUAAACUAAGAUGCCAAUCUAGAAGUAACAAAUUCAUUAUUACAACAUGCACAAAGUAAAUAACUCAUGUGAUAAUGGUUGCAAACUUUUGUGUAUCUGAGAGUCCCUUUGGGAGCACUUCCACACUGAAGACAUGAAAGCAGUUCCUUUACUACCAUGGCUCUUUCAUAAGUUGGGAGCACGGUCUAGGAGUUCAGCUUAUUCAAGUGUACCCUUUGCAAUUUGAAUAAGGUAGGUACCCCAUGAGUCUCACUUUGAAAAUUAUUACCUACAAAACUGUUUAACACUUUCCUUAUUUCCUAUAGGGUGGCUCAUAUUGUAAGUGAGAAAGACUUAAUGUACCCUCACCUUUCCAAGAUGUAUCCUUUGAAUUUUUCUUAUCAGAACCAUUUUUACUCACACAGAAAUCCACAUUUCUUGCUGUUACCAAAAGGAACUUAACGAGUAUCACAAAGGCGGGGCAAAGCAUCACUUAAACUUCUCAGGUGAUUCUGAUGCACAAAUUGUUUCAGAACCGUUAAUUUUUACCUCUCUUUUACCCUUGUAGGCUCUGAUUUUCUCCAGCCAAGGAGGACUACAAAUCAUCCUUUUAACAAAGUGUUUGCAGGCAAUAGCUGAAAAUAAAGGGUCUGUUUAGCCCUUGGAAUUGUCUCAGCACAAGCAAACAAUCAAAUAGAGUGGUUGGUAGAGUGCAUUUAUCAUCUAUGAACUAUUUAACACUGCUCUGUGGAAGUUGGUGGGAGUGUUCCAGCCAUCAUCGCUACUAGAGUAAGAUAAGCUAUGCUGGACUGAGAUUUCAAUAACUUCCCAUCAUACAUCUUAUUUUUGUGAUGCUAAACAUCCAGCAUAGGGGCUUGAAGUUUUGUGUCCUUGCCAUGUGAAAUGUGUAGCUUGCAGUUGCCCUAUAAUUGAGCUUAAUUGACACCCCUUAUUUCCUUUCCCUUAUAUUUUAUUAACUAGAACUAUCUCCAAGGUCCUCAUAGGUUCGUAUAGAAGUCUACAAAAUAUAUUCUACUGUCACUAGGAAAGGAAAAUUACAUUGAACUUUAUGAACACAUAGCAUUAUCUUCUUCCACAAAUGAGAUGAGAUAUUUAGAUAUGGUGAUGAAGCAAAGAAGGACCUCCUAUCUUCUUUCUGUUACUUCAUAUAAUAAAACAACGAGAGACUCUGAUGCUCACGUCCAACCUGAGUAUGUCAAGUUAUCAAGAUGAAUGCUCAUACAGAAAAGAAUAAAGCUGGCAACUAAGUGCUCCCUAAAUGAAAGUUGUUAAUAGACUGCAUUACAAUAGUGACAGUUUCUGGUUAAUAAGAAGCAUGUUUUAAGUUGAAAGUGGUCAUGUUGGCUUACUUUCCAUUUAGUGGCUUUAGUGAAUGUGAUGCUCAAACUGUCUGCAAAUGAGGUGUUGCAUUUUGGAAAUUCUGGGAGCCUCAGAAGAAUUGAACACAUUUAGAACACAACAGAGCAUGUAACAUGGUCAUUAGAAAGCAUCAUUGAUCCAUUUAUCUAAAGAGUUAAACAGGGAAUUCAAACUGAUGAGCUCGGUGGAGUCUAGUACCCAUGGCUUUCAUGGAGUCUGUGACUACUCUCCUCGUAUUUUCUCUCUGUCUGGUUGGGCUCUAUUGCCAUUAAGUAUUUGAACUUUUAUGUGUUUUCCCUAAUGCACACAGUAUUAUUUGGUAAUAAUUAAAAAUUUCCCUUAGUUUGAAGAAAAUUAAUGUUUCAAAGUCUUGAUACAUGUGAGCAAACUGUAGUGUUGAACAAAGAAAAAAAUUGUUUCUUAGUGUCAUGGGGAAAUUACUCAUUACUCAAAAUUCUUCUAAGAAUAGUUCACAGAGUUUUGCCUUGAGCACUGUAAACAUUUAAAAAUACUAAAAUGUAGAGAAUGAAUUUCUGAAAGGUGUACAUGGAUAUGAAGAUGGAAAUUUUCAAACAAUAUCUACUAGCAGAUCAUGAGCUGUACUCUCUCCCUGGAUGACUGUUAUUUCAAUACUUCAUCACUAUAUGUAGAACAAUUUUGAACCCCAUGUAGUGGAUCAUUCCCCCAGUUUUAAUACUCAGGAGGCAAAAGAAAAAAGAUUGUGAGUUGGAGACCAGUCUGUGCUACAGAGUAAAUUCCAGGCAACCUGGGUUAUAGAGUGAGACCAUACCCUCCAAGAUAGAAGACUAAAACACCUGAUUUUCGUUUAUUUAACUCACUGAAUUAUUUAUCAAUUGUGACAGCUGAGCCACAGGAUUGCUGUGUUUUAGAUGUCGGGGUAAGUGGUUCUGAGCCAAAAGUGAACUUAGUCUUUGAGGCCAAUUGUUCAUACCUGUGGAGUGCCCCAGACAGACAAAUCUCCCCCAAAUGAUUGAUAUUCUUGAUCUCAUAAAGGAUGAUGGCCUUAAGGGCCUUUACAAAUUUUGGAGAGGAGUCAAUGAAAAUUAAGUAGUAAUAUCUUGUAUGUGUGGAAUGAAAGCGCAAAACAAACACUAAUAUUACAGAUAAUAUUCUUCCUCCUUAAAGUAUAAAACUUGAAACUCAUUGCCAAAUGCUAGGAGUCAAUUCAUUGUUCAAAGGAUAAAGAAAUCUUUUAGCCUUUCUAGUUCUUUACUUUCAUAAUGUUUGUAUUCUGUUUAUGAGAUAAGGAGAGAAUAACAGUAAAGCACAUAAAAUUACAAAAGUAAAUAGAGUCACUAACCUGGAUAGCCAAAGAAGACAAUAGUAUUGGUGUUAUUAUUUUCAUAUGAUCAAUCUGCUGAAACAGGAAAGAGUGUAUAAAAUCCAGUCACUUGAUUAUUGACAAAUUUCACUAAAUGACUUCUAAGAAAAAACUGAAGAAUACACGAGGACAAUCAAGCCACCUUUCCCUAGUUCUAAGCACCAGAAUGAAAGGAAAAAUAAUCUCUUUGGUAUCAACUAGAGUACAGUGUUGUGUGGGUCUUAGGGCUUGGGAACAACAUAAGACAGUCAUUUCCAUUGCAAGCUUGAUAUUAUAUAAAAUUUUACUUUGAAGUCAGGACAUAUGAUUUGGGAUAUCAAUUAUUAUAGUGAAUGUGCAUUUCAAUAGCACAUGUUUGCUCUCAAAUUCUCAGUACUUCAUGUUAAGUGAAAAUAUUAUCUACCUCAUUGAAUUGUUGUAAGGGUAAAAUUAUUCAAUAAAUGUGAACUUCUGAAACCUGUAA